GGAGUUUUGAUUCUAUCCUGAGCUACGUCAUCCGGCGGGUCGCGCCAAUCUACGGUGAGAGGGGCGUCAUUGCACCGCCCGGAGAGGCUCCGUCUCCAAGCGGCUUGGCCAGGAUUUCGCGCCGUUGCCUGGCCGGGAGACCCAGCAAACAUUUAAGCAGUGUUCACUCUUUAGAAAAUACAUCCAGUAAACCAUCCCCUUAACUUUCCUCGCCCCAUACAUAAAUAUUUCAAGUUGUUUCAGUCCGAUUGCAACUGUAUACCGAUCAGACCCACCCCGAUGGCCAGUCCCACCAAGCUGUCCUUAUGGCUCUCGCCCACCGGCCCCGACUUCGACCGUUUGAAAAGCUUGAUUCACUCCUUGGCCUCCGACACUCCAGGUUGCUUGCCCUUCGACCCCCAUCUUACCUUGAUCUCCGACGACCAAGUUCCUCGGGUGCCUCUCGAUCAAGUUCUACAAGUGGUCUCUGAGUCUGUCAAGAAAUGGAAGAGCACUUUGGCAGAAGGAAAGCAGUUGGAACUCAAGUUCCAGAAAAUCCAAUCGGGAGAACUGUUCUACCAAUGUGUUUUAGCAGCAGUCGUACCGAGUGAGGAGCUAGUGGGCCUUAACAACGAGCUGCGAGAGUCUCUAGUGUCUGAUCCGGAAGCGCGAGCGGGAUUCAGUGCUUACUUCCCGCAUCUCAGCAUUGUCUAUGGAGACUUGGACCAGCAACAGAAAGACGUCUUGGUCGGGCGGGCCACCAAAUCCUUGGCCGACUUCCACGGCUUCGUACCCACCGAAAUCCUCGUCGUCAAAACCUCUGGACCCUCGUCUGAAUGGGCUAAAUUGGCGAAAAUCAGCUUGCAAGACGGCGCCAUCGAGUCCCUCAGCUGACCCUCAACACACACACACACACAACUCACCCCACACAAUUGCUCUAUUACAAAUCGAAUAAAUUCGGUCGAUUAAGUCGUGUUGGAAUUUACAUAGCUUGUAGCUUUAAAUGACCACAUCCAUCCUAGUGCCCAUUCACAGCUUUUCUUUCAUACAUAUAUGUGUGUGUGUUGACGUACCCCAGAUUGACAUUGUCCUUUCCAUUUGAUCAGAUUUUUUUUUUUUUGUUUCAUGAGUGGCAUACAUACUUUUUUUUCAAUCUUCCCACCUCAAAAGUUUCGUUUCCUCACUGUUCAUCAGCAAUCAAUAGCAAAGAAGAAGAAAAAACACCAUCAACCAAAUCAAACUCAAGAAAAGAAAAGAAAAAGACAAGAGAUC